CUUUGCUGUAAUGAACCCCCGAUGUAAAACCGCAGAAAAACAGACAUAUAAACUUCAUUGAAAGACCUUAAACCUACACCCAGAAUACCACAUUAAUGGCCAGAACUGUCACACUGAGGCUGGUGUAACACAAUGGGUGAUAAAAGGAAGUUACAAGGUGAAAUUGAAAGGUGCUUGAAGAAGGUGACUGAAGGAGUGGAGACUUUUGAAGACAUUUGGCAAAAGGUUCAUAAUGCAACCAACAGUAAUCAGAAGGAGAAGUAUGAGGCGGAUCUCAAGAAGGAGAUCAAGAAACUACAGCGGCUACGAGACCAGAUUAAAACAUGGGCUGCAUCAAAUGAAAUUAAAGACAAGAGAACGCUGCUAGAAAACAGGAAACUCAUAGAGACGCAAAUGGAAAGAUUCAAAGUUGUGGAGCGGGAGACGAAAACAAAAGCGUACUCUAAGGAGGGGCUUGGGUUAGCCACGAAGAUUGACCCCGCCCAGAAAGAGAAAGAUGACAUCACAAUGUGGUUAGCGCACUGCAUCGAGUCGCUCAAUAUCCAAGUGGAUCAAUUUGAAAGUGAACUUGAAAGCAUCUUGUCCAACUCCAAGAAAAGGAAAGUCCCAGCAGAUAAGCAAGACAGAGUAGAGGAGCUUCAAAUGUGGUUAGAAAAACACAGGUUUCACAUCAACAAGCUAGAAACGCUAAUGAGGAUGCUGGAUAACAGUACGAUAGAAAUUGAUCAGGUCAGUGGACCUCACUAUCUUAUCAAAAAGAUUAAGGAUGAUGUAGAGUAUUACAUCGACUCGUCGCAAGAACCAGACUUUGAAGAGAAUGAGUUUGUCUAUGAUGACCUUGACAUCGAAGAUGAAUUGAGUAGUCAGUUAUUGGCCACCUCACCAGAUGAUGAUGUAAUGACCAAUACCUCUGGGGACACGCCCGUCAGUAUUUCACCGACGUUAUUACCAAGCCCAGGCUCAAACCAUUCCAAAGAUAAGAUCGAUGACGAAGUAAAGAAGAGAACGAGAUCCACGGAUAGUGAAUCAUCGUCAUCACCAAGGAAGGGGGGCAAAAGUGCAACGUCAACAUCUUCAUCAUCAUCGCAGUCGUCGAAUCGGCCGAUAAUAGUCAGAGCAGCAUCGACACCAACGAGUGCAACCAACGUCAGUGUGCCAUCAGGGGUUACGACAAUAAAUCAGUCCGUCACGAACAAGAGUAGUCUCAGUAAAACAAACAGUGCUGACCCAGGGAUUCGGGUAAACGAUAUUUUCCACAGCUUACCGGUGUCGUCAACACAACAUGCAAUAGCACAACCGCCGUCAGGUCCUGCGUAUGCAGUAGCAGCAGGGGCACAACAGAAUUCCAGCAGCUCACAAGGUUCAACAGGGCAAGUAAGAAUUAUCUCUCAGCCGCCGGUACAUCAGCCGUCCCACACACAGCCAACAACACAGCUACAUAACAACAACACCCAGCAGCCGAGACCAGACCUCAACGGGCCCCUCCCAGCAUUUAACAUGUCAUCUCUGGAAAACUCCAUCGACCACAUAGAGCAAACCCUCGCCUCCAAUAGCAUCCCAAGCCAAGCUGCUCCAACGGUAGCUGCUUCCACACUCUCAACAGCCCCAACGCCUGUCCAGGUCACGCAACAACAACAACAACAACAACAGCAGCAACAGCAGCAACAACAACAGCAGCAGCAACAACAACAGCAGCAGCAACAACUUCAGCAGCAGCAACAAGUGCAGCCGCAGAAACCAUUGCAAACACCCGUCUCCGAGCCCGUAGAAAGAGUGCCAACGUCACAACCAGCACCGAACGUACCGACACCCAAUCCAUCGGAACCUAUGACAAAUGGUCCACUUAGUCCAAAAGUUAAUAAAGAGGUCUCUCAGUGUGAACUCCCAAGAGUGUGUCACUUAGACUUGUCCUCAGUCCCCCAACGGCUAAUACCUUGUGGCGGGGUACCUCAUGAAACAAUCAAGAAUGAAGAAGAAAAAGACUUGAAGGAUUUCACGGUUGAAAACAGAGUAAUUUACGAAAGUACUUCGCAGACAGAGCCCAGCUCUUCGCCCUUACUGCAAGAGGCUAUCAUACCCCCAUCAUUGGGUGUAGCGCCCCUCGGCCCCGCUAUAAUGACCAAGGACCAUCUGUACCAACAGACAAUGAUGGAAUCUGCAUUUCACCAUCUGCCUCAUCCAUCAGACUCGGAGAGAUUACGGAAUUACCUUCCACGCAACCAAUGUCCGACACCGCCAUACCACAGUCAAGUCAUGCCAUCUCACAUGGACUCCUUAGAUUUAUUCCAGAGGUUGUCAACGGAAGCACUUUUCUUCAUCUUCUAUUAUCAAGAGGGAACAAAAGCUCAAUAUCUUGCUGCAAAAGCAUUGAAGAGGCAAUCGUGGAGAUUCCACACCAAGUAUAUGAUGUGGUUUCAACGGCAUGAAGAACCCAAGACGAUCACAGAUGAGUAUGAGCUGGGAACAUACAUCUACUUUGACUAUGAAAAGUGGGGCCAGCGGAAGAAGGAAGGCUUUACGUUCGAGUAUCGCUACUUAGAAGACCGGGAAUUAUAGCAAACGAUAACCCAUCACAGAUAUGGACGACUCUCCUCACUCUUACGUCACCUUUAAACUUGUGAUGAUGGCCACUAUGACUAUGUAUACAGAGAGCGAUCAGAUCUCCGAGUGUAGGUACCUUUUAUCUUGGCAUAAUUUUACAGAAAAAUACCAGUUUUUCUAUUUAAAACAAAAAAAAUAAUAAAAAAACUAAAAAGUUUUAAAGCAGGGAAGUGUUUUUUGCCCGAUACUUCUGUAAAAAGAGGAAAAAAUCAGGUAAUGUCAGGUCCGUUGGGACGAGUGAUAAUUAUUGUUAUAGAAUGAAGGAGGAAAAAAGACUUGACUCAUCACAGAAAGCAAUGUUGAUUUAAACAGAUAUAUAUUUGACCAUAGUUUUUUUUGUUAACUUGAUAUUGUUGCCUUGUGCUGGGGGUGGGUGUUGCAAGAGUGUUGUUGGAAAUUCUUGCAAAGGAAGAAUGCCUCCUGUUUUUGCCAUUGACAUGGGGUUUUAAACAAUUAAAAGGCUUGGCUAAGACAACCCGAUAUUUCUUGAAAUAAUGUCAUGCUCAUUAUAAUUAACCGAACACCAUACCAUUUAAAAACCUGAUUAUGAAGUUUUGCCUGAGCUAAGCGUUUGCCUGACUGCCUUUUCUAAAAACCAGCGACUGACAUAAUUUCGUGAAAAAGAUUACAAAUUUAAAAACACAUUUACCCAAAGAGUUCUUUAUGUGGUUUGUGUCUGUCAGAGACGUCAGUUGGAAAGUAAUACCAUAUGGUGUUAUCAAUCCACGCUGCAAUGUGUGUGGUACUUAGUUGAAUAUCAAUUACCAAAAUCAGACUUCGGUGUCAGCGAUAUACCAAAUUCCGACUUGAUCAUGAAGGCACAGCAUUGGAUUGUAAAUGUCUUUCAAUUCAUGUCAAGAGUUGAAUGGACACGUUAAAGUUGCUGCGCUCAAAGCAUUGAUGACACCUCGUCAGCCAACAAAACCUUAACUGUGGGUUGAAAAGGUUCUUGCACUCUAAACAGCUUCACUCAAAAAAAAGGGGACAAAGUUUGUAACAAAUUUACAGAAGUAAGUCGUCUUUUUUGAAAAAGUAAUAUUUACUUUGAGAUCGGCUAUACAGGUCCUUUUUCAUGCCGGGUCCAAUUUCAUAGAGUUGAUGAAGAAAUUCCUUCUAAUUUUCUGCUAAGCAAAAAUAAGCAGGAUACCAGGAUGUAAGCAGACAACACUUAUGCAAUUUUUUAUUUAUUUUUUGCUGGUAGCCCUAUUCUGAUAAACGCAAUUGUUUUGAAAACCUAUUUUUGCGCAAUUGUUUUGAAAACCUAUUUUAACACUUGAGCAGAUCUAGGACAUUUUGCCAUAUACCCAAUUUCAUCAUCUGCAAAGCACAAAAAAUGCUUACCAUUGAAAAAAAAACUUGCUUAGUAGGAGCAGGUUACUAGCUCAAAUUCUAUGUUAUGUGUAUGGUUUCUGUCUAUUUUUUCUUGGCAGAAAAUUUCCUAAGCACAUUUUCGGCUCAAUAGUUUUGUUGUAUUGGGCCUAGCUGGUAGGCAGGGCAGGUCAAUUGUUUGCUAAGCUAAAGAGAGCUGUGAACUCGCAGGGAACGAAUUCGUCCAGCGAUUUUGCAUAGCAUACUGAAUGCUUAAAUUGUGCAGCAAGUGAUGACUUUUUAAUAAAAAUCGAUAUCACCUGUAACCACAAAAACUUCCUGGAUCAGGUUAUCAGCCAAAAUUUCAUGAAGUUGACAUUGUUGCCACUGGUUCCCAACUCAAUUUUCGCUCAACAAAAGUAGUUUGCUAAGGCAAUAUUUUCUGCUAAUCCGCUUUGUGAAAUUGGUCAUGGUUUCAAGUGAAAAAUGGGACAUGAACUGAAUGAGAAAUAAUCCAGUGUUUAUCAGACAGUCCAAUAAUAAACGGUCACCAACUCUGAGCUGUGUAUUGAGAUAGUUGCGACAACUUGCAAUUUAGUGCCAUUUCCGGUUAAAAAAACCCUGGUGCGCAGACAGGGUGCCUGACUAGACAUUUGGGUUGUGCUGCAUUGGGACCAUAGAGUUGUAAGAACUACAAGGUUCACUGGUAAUUCUGCGUGUGUAACGCUACAGGACCGCAAGGAGAUAUGUGAGCCAUUUUAAGUUGAACGUUGUAUGUGCGCUGAAUAUGAAGUACACGUUGGUGUGUGUAGGAUAAACACACACUUUUUAUUCGAUUUUGUUUUCAACUUACAAAAUGACUGCACGCCAGGCCGGUUUACUAGGCUAGUGCGCAUCUAGUUCUUAUAAUAUAGCUCUAUGGUUUGGACCGAUAUGGCAUCAUCUUGAUCCCCCCAAAAAUGUGGUUCCUUCAUAUUGCAACUCUCUCAAUAUACAUCUCUGCACCAACUGCAUGAAGGGAGCCCUCUGUUGACAGUGGUCACCACAAAAAUGCGCAAGAAAUCCUCUCGUUAAUGAUCUUAAAGUGUGUGAGUACAACCAAUAAAUCAUGGCAACAUGUUUGUUUGAAUUGACGUUCAGUGCUGCAAUCAUUCAAAUAUAGAUCAGUAUUCACCUUUUUUUCUAUCUUCAAACUUUCUUCCUUUUUUUUUUUUUUUUUCGUUUUAUUUUUUUUCCAGGACAAAUUCCCAGUAAAAGUAGCUUUUAAUAAGUAUUUCUAUUGUUUGUAAAUUGUGUUGAUAUUUUGCCCUAUUUGUCUAACUUGUAUAGUGUGUAUAGCAUUUUGUUAAAAAAAAACUUUUUAUGAUAAACUUAAUGCUUUCCAACAUUAAACCAGGGGUUAUUCAGAACUAUUUUUUUUUUUUUAUGUU